CUGGUUAUAAUGGUGUGUGCGCGGGCAACACACACACACACACACAGUCCGGCGGGAAAGGCGCGCGCAGCUGAAUGAAACGGAGCGCAUGGAGCACGCACAGGAACUUUGACAGCCGAACUUGUGAAAAUAACGGGAAAUUCUGCAAACUGCAUUCGCUCGUUGGUUACGAAUCCUAGUCUGUGUCUGACACCAGGAGUGCAGAGAUGCUGGCGCGUGAGGCUCGAGCGUCUUGUCUAAUCUCAGUUAGUCUAAUCUUAUCUGAUUUUCUUUGCGGAAUGCUUGCUUUCAACUUGGAUGUGGAAAAUCCCGCUGUGUUCAGUGGAGCUGCUGGGAGUUACUUUGGAUACUCAGUGGACUUUUACCAUCCGACGCAGGACAGGAGCGCUGUAUCAGUGCUGGUCGGGGCUCCCAAAGCCAACACCACCCAGCCCGGGAUUGUGGAAGGAGGUGCGGUUUAUUACUGCUCCUGGCCCCCAUCAGAGCAGGACUCCUGCCGUGAGAUCCCUUUUGAUAAAGCAAAUAACAGGAUGGUUAAGGUGAAUGGGACACGGGAGCCGUUGGAGUACAAAUCCCACCAAUGGUUUGGAGCUACUGUCCGAACACACAGGGGUAAAGUCGUGGCCUGUGCGCCUCUUUAUCACUGGCGAACAGUGAAGAUCAGUGGUGAGAUGGAUCCAGUGGGCACAUGCUAUGUUGCUGUGCAGAACUUCAGUGCAUAUGCAGAGUACUCACCAUGCAGAACAAAUAAUCCGGACCCUGAAGGACAAGGGUUCUGUCAGGCCGGCUUCAGUGUGGACUUCACUAAGGACGGGACAUUAGUACUAGGAGGACCAGGGAGCUUCUACUGGCAAGGUCAAGUGAUGACUGCAGGAGUUGCAGAAAUCUUGAAUGGCUACUCUUUGAAGGCAAUACUCCGAAAGGUCCAAGGAGAGAAGCAGACGACAGCCGCCUCAGACGCCUAUGACGAUAGCUACUUGGGGUACUCUGUAGCUGUGGGAGAGUUCACCGGUGAUUCACAACAAGAGUUGGUAGCAGGAGUUCCACGAGGAGCGCAGAACUUCGGUUAUGUUGCAGUGAUAAACUCCACAAGUCUCACCCUCAUACAGAAUUUUACCGGAGAGCAGAUGGCUUCAUAUUUUGGUUACACUGUGGCCGUGACCGACGUUAAUGGAGAUGGGUUGGAUGAUGUUUUGGUCGGAGCUCCUCUGUAUAUGGAUCGGGAGUUUGAGAGUAAGCCACGAGAGGUGGGCCAGGUUUACCUUUACCUACAGGAGGAUACACUGCUCUUCUCACCUCCCAUUACACUCACCGGUAUACAUCUGUUUGGACGCUACGGUAGCGCCAUCGCUCCUCUUGGAGACAUCAAUCAGGACGGCUACCUAGACGUGGCAGUGGGAGCUCCGUUUGCAGGCGAGGACCGCGGCGGUUGUGUGUUUAUUUAUAACGGUGAGAGGUCUGGCUUAAGAAUGAAGGCCUCACAGGUGCUCAAAGGAUCCUGGGCUCCAACUGGAAUUCCAGCAGGCUUUGGGUUUACACUGCGUGGGGACUCAGAUCUGGACAACAACCAGUACCCUGAUCUUAUUGUUGGGGCUUUUGGAGCUGACAAAGUGGUGGUGUACAGAGCAAGACCCGUGGUUACAGUGGACGCUCAACUCAUCCUAACUCCCAAAAUCCUCAACCCGGAGAAUAAGACCUGCCUCAUGCCCAAGUCUAACAGCAUGGUUCCCUGUUUGAGAGUAGAUGUCUGUGCUAAAGUCUCUGGAAUUGGCAUCCCUGAUCGUGUCGCUUUGAACAUGGAGCUGCAGUUGGACUCGUUAAAGCAGCGAGGCGCAGUGAAGCGGGUUAUGUUCCUCGAUUCACAUCAGUAUCAUCGUUCGCUGCAGAUGCUACUGGGCCAGCGGGAUCGCCAAAGAUGUCUCAACCAUACCAUCUACCUGCGGGAUGAAACUGAAUUCAGAGAUAAGCUGAGUCCCAUCAGUGUAGCUCUGAACUACAGUCUGGAUCAGACAUCUCCUUUAUCUGGCCUCCAGCUACAACCCAUACUGGACCACUAUAGCAUGACCUUGCACCGUCAACAGGCGAACAUCUUGUUGGACUGUGGAGAGGACAACAUGUGUGUCCCAGAUCUUGAGCUCUCUGCUAAAAUGGACCGGAAAGACCUGGCGAUUGGUGAUGAAAACCCACUGCUGCUUACCAUCAUUGCAGCCAAUCAUGGAGAAGGCGCGUAUGAGGCGGAGCUUGUGUUGCGUCUCCCACCGGAGGCAGACUACAACGGCAUGGAACGCCGACGGGAGGACCUACAGAUCCUGAAUUGUGAGCACAGGAUGGAAAAUGACACCCAGUUGGUUGUGUGUGAACUAGGAAACCCGAUGGUGGCUGGAGCAAACGUGUCUAUUGGUUUGCGGUUCUCUGUCCAGCGGUUAGAAGAUGCUGAAGCUCACAUUGGCUUUGCAAUGCAGAUUCACAGCACCAACAAAGAUAACCCAAAGAGUAACCUUGUGAAUUUGACUCUCAACGUUGUCGCACGAGCACAGGUGGACAUCCGAGGUGUCUCUCUACCAGCUCAGGUGGUUCUUCCUUUUCCUCACUGGGAGCCUAAAGAGAACCCAGUCAGAGAGGAUGAGAUUGGGCCUCAGAUUCAACAUAUUUAUGAGCUCUAUAACACAGGUCCAAGUUCUGUGAGUGGCACAGUUUUGGAGGUGGGAUGGCCCAGUCGUUAUCAAGAGGAGCAUUUGCUCUAUGCCAUGGAGAUCAUCACUGAUGGUCCGAUUCGCUGUCACAUCAAUGGCUCACUGAACCCUUUGGAGCUUGAGACGUCAACUUUGCAAGACACACCAGAGCUGCUGGGUUUUCUGCGCAACAACAGCGGGCCGACUCGUCGUAGGAGAUCUGUUACAACCACACAGAGCUACACCAGCAAAACACUGAAUUGCUCUAAUAUCCAUUGCCUGAUGGUGGAGUGCAUUGUGGGCCGUUUGGAUCAAGGACAGAGUGCAGUGGUCAAAAUCCGAUCAAGACUCUGGGCUCACACCUUCCUACAGAGGCGGAACGACCACUACCUCGUCAACUCUACUGUGUACUUCAGAGUAACAGGCAUGCCGUACCGCAUCAAGCCACGUACCCUGCCACAGCAGAGCAACUCGAUUGGUACGUAUGUCGUAUGGGCGAUUCCUGAUCUGUCCUUUGCCAUUCCUCUUUGGGUGAUUAUUCUGGCCAUUUUACUGGGGCUGCUGGUGCUCGCCAUUCUAACCCUAGUUAUGUGGAAGUGCGGAUUUUUCGAUCGAGCACGGCCACCAAAAGACGACAACAUAUCAGACCAGGAGCAUCUGACGGCCGAAAAAUCGACAGAAGCGUAAGAAGCGUAAACGUAAGAAGAGGCAAAACAAGAAUGUGAAAGAAAUAGCCAUGAAGACUGUGUAUGAGUGAAUUGAUAGAGGGAAUUUGAUAGAGGUAUGUCAAGAGCACCUGAACUAGCGAUCCGACCCUCUCUCCCAUGCUGCACUGGGAUCUGUAAGCUGGGUCACUCUGCCGUUCAUGGCAAACUUCACUCCAGUCAGGCAUGGCAUGGGUUUCUGGAUCUGAGUUUCCUUUUCUCAGAUCCCUCAAGGGCUGUGAAAAGAGAACCAACAAACAGUUAAAGACAACAAGAGAAAAUCCUGCUUCUCGUGUUAUAAACAGAGACGACAAUCAUCACACACCCCCAGAUUGAAGGAUGCACGCUGGGAAAACAGGAUUCCUCUUAAAAGCACAGCUCACUUUGCCUUAAGAACUGUAACACUGCUGAGAGUUUCUAUGAGCUGUAAGAUGAGCUUUUCCAAAUCUUUUUUAACUGAUUCUGCAGGUCUUAAAAUCUUCUGUGAGUGCCUAUACACUCAUACACACACACACACACACACACACACACACACAUACACACUCCCACACACUUGCACACACACACACACACACACACACUCACACCCAUACACACACAUACACACACACCCACACAUGCACACACACCCACACACAUUACUCCUGUAUAUAAACAACACAGCAUAUGAAUAAGAACACUGAGUACUAUGGAUUUUUUGGGGGGAGGAAAUGGUUUCUUUCCUGAAACCCACACACUUCAAAACGCAAAAUCCAGAACCAUUAAUGGUUCUCUGACUUCUGCCCCUGUGGCAAUCCUUGAAGGUGGCAAUCCUUGAAGGUUCUGUAUAGAACAUACACAACAUCAGAAUGUUUUGACAGAAUCAAGAACCACUAAAAACUCAUUAAGGACCUCCUUUUUUUAUUUUUUUUUAAAGCCCACAAAAUUUUACCCUGUAAAGAUAUUUAAUUAGAGCAUGUAAUUUGCAAUAAUUUACCAGCUGAACAUUUCACAUCACAGGAGUAGUAGUAUAUAAAUUGAUAAGUAUGUGCAAUAUUGCGGUAUUCGUUUGAUGUUUUAUUAUUUUGUAUUUUUUUUUUUUUUUUCUUUUUUUUUUUUUUUGCUAAAAUCAUUUGUACACUGGCUCCUAUUUUUAGAACUUGAUGUUCAGGUUGUUUUGUAUAUAAAGUUAAAGAGAAUUAUUUUUAAGCUGUAUGAUUGAUGGAUGGAUGACUGGGUGCCAAUGGAAAAAGAGAAUGAGGAUUUUUUUCACUGUUCAUUUCUUUCAACAGAUUUAAAAAAAAAAACUGGCCCCAAAAUAGUUAUAAAGAUCAACUCAUCAGCAUCACGUUCAAUUUUAUUAGAAAUGAUCAAUAUAAAAAUAUAUGCAGUGACUUUUGAAAUUUACAGUGUACCCAAACUUUCGUCGUUAUUUCUGACUGAUCACUUUGUUGGUACCUGAACAGUUUUGUUCCCUAUUGAUUGUAUGGUUAAUAAAGAACUAAAGCAUUUCUAGUUCUUUUUAAUGUCACCUGCUAAUAAAUUUUAUAUUUAACUUUU